ACAUGUGUGGCGCUCCGGAGAGGUCGCAGGCGCGCGUCUGACCUGACCUGUCGCCAUGAGGGGCGCCGUGCUGCUGCAGGAUGGCAGCCGUUUCGAGGGCGAGCUGUUCGGCGCGCUGCGGCCCACUUCCGGCGAAAUAGUGUUUCAGACGGGCAUGGUCGGCUACCCGGAGUCGCUGACGGAUCCCUCAUACCGGGCUCAGAUUCUGCUGCUCACCUACCCUCUCAUCGGCAACUAUGGCGUGCCUGGCGACGACAAGGAUGAGCAUGGCGUACCCAGGUACUUCGAGUCGGACCGCAUCUGGCCGGCCGGCCUGGUGGUGGGCGAACUCUGCGAGGCGCCCAGCCACUGGAACAGCCGGCGCGCGCUCCACCAGUGGAUGCUGGAGCAGGGCGUGCCUGGCAUCACGGGCAUUGACACGCGCGAGCUAACCAAGAAGCUGCGAAAGCAGGGCACGAUGCUGGGCAAGAUCGUGCCCGACGGCACGGCUCCGGACGCCGUGGCCCAGGAUGACCCGAGCAACCGUAACCUGGUGGCCGAGGUCUCCGUUCAGGAGGUGGUAUCCUACAACCCCGGUGGCGCCCCCUACAUCUGCGCCGUGGACUGCGGCCUCAAGUACAACCAGCUGCGCUGCCUGCUGAAGCGAGGCGCUCGAGUCGACCUGGUGCCCUGGAACCAGCGGCUGGACCCGGCCAAGUACGACGGGUUCUUCGUCAGCAACGGGCCGGGGGACCCGGUCAAGUGUGCUGACACGGUGGCCAAUCUGCGUGACCUGAUGAGUGUCGAAACGAAGCCUAAACCCAUCUUCGGCAUCUGUCUCGGCCACCAGCUGCUGGCUACGGCAGCUGGGGCGCGCACCUUCAAAAUGAGAUGGCAGCCGGGGCCUCAGGCGCGCCUGCUGCGCCUGAAGCCGUUUGGCAGCUGA